AUUGCUUGCCGUGAGACGUUUCCUUGUCUCAUGCCAUUUUCUGUGCCCCAGCAUAACGAAACACCUCUUUAUAAGGCCUUGACUUCAUCUUCUACAUUAUUGAUUUUUUUCUAAAGCCAAGGCUCCUACAGAAUUUCAAUUUACUUGAAAUUGUACCUGAAAUUAUCUUAGCGGAUUCUCCUUUGUUGUUUGCUGCGUCUUUCAACUUACGUGUUUACUGAAUCGGAAAAGGAAAGGUAAUUCCAAGGAUUUCCGCUUAAAUUCUUAUUGUUUCUUUUCUUCAGUGUGGAUUCUUUUAGGUUUUAUUAGUUUUCAUUUGUUUUUUUCUCAUUUCCAUUGGCACUGUUGAAGCGUUUUUGUCUACCCUUUACUUUUACUCGCCAUUCUUUUAAUAACCUUCUAUUUCACUUAGCAUUUGCUUUUUACUCGUCAAUAACAUGGAAAUAAAAGAUUACUAUUGCAUAGAAACAGCCGCUCCUAAACAUGCCGGUGAGUCAUCCACUUAUCGAUCAAUUCACUCAGCCAACAAGCUACUUACGACUCCCGAAGAUGGCAUAAAAACUGUCUACGAUUUAUUUCAUAGUGCUGUCAAAUCCCAUGGAAAAAAGGAAGCCAUGGGCACCCGAAAACUCAUCAAAGAACAUGUUGAAGAACGUGAAAUUGUUCGUAAGGUCAGCGGAGUCGAAGUCAAAGAGAAAAAAAAAUGGAGUCUUUAUGAAUUGGGACCCUAUGAAUUUAUUAACUAUUUGGAGGUUUACGAUAUUUCGAUGGCCCUCGGAUCUGGUUUGAAAAACAUCGGCAUUACUACCGAUAGUAGCCUUCUAUUUUUCGCGGCCACUAGUGAAAAAUGGUUGAUGACUGCUCAAGGAUCUCUAAGUCAGUCCAUUCCCAUCGUUACUGCCUAUGAAACUUUAGGUGAGGAUGGUAUCACAACUUCCUUAGAGGAGUGUGCUACUUCAGCAGUCUUCACCGACCCCUCUCUACUUCCCAAAUUAGUAAACCCUCUAAAACAAUGCCCUCUUGUCAAGGUUAUCAUUUGCAGUUCCGAUCCCUCUGAGAAACAAGCUGAACUGAUUCAUGCCGCUAAUCCCAAAGUUCGACUUUUGACUUUCCAUCAACUGCUAAAACUCGGCCAAGACCAACCUCAGCCUGUUGUUCCCCCAAAAGCCGAUGACGUUUGCUGCUAUAUGUAUACAUCUGGCUCUACUGGUAAGCCAAAAGGUGUUAUCCUUCUACACCGGAACAUUAUUGCUGCCUUGGGUGGCAUCAACCGAAUUUUGGCUCAACAUAUCAAUGCAAAAGACUAUGUAUUGGCUUAUCUUCCUUUAGCCCAUAUAUUUGAAUUCAUAUUUGAAAUGUGUUGCUUCUACUGGGGUGCUGUUUUAGGAUAUGCUUCCCCCAGAACGCUUACAGAUGCAAGUGUCACCAAUUGUAGAGGUGAUAUGCCAGAAUUCCGUCCUACUGUCAUUAUUGGUGUACCCGCCGUCUAUGAACUAAUUAAAAAAGGUAUCCUUACAAAGGUUUCUUCUAUGCCCAUCCAUCGUCAAAAAAUCUUCUCUGGUGCCCUUGCUUUAAAGCAAUAUUUACUUAAACAUAAUCUUCCAGGUAUUGCUAGUUUAGAUGCCGUUGUUUUCAAUAAAGUAAAGGCCGCAACUGGCGGACGCCUUCGUUAUUGUAUUGCGGGAGGUGCCGCCCUUGCUGCUACUACGCAGGCCUUCUUAAGUACUACGCUUUGCCCUGUCCUUCCCGGAUAUGGCCUUACAGAAAGUUGUGCUGGAAGUUUUGUCUUAUCACCUGAACAGUGGCAUCUGUACGCAAAUUCGGUAGGAUUUCCAAUCCCUUCUAUCGAAUUUAAACUUGUAGACAUUCCGGAAUUGGAUUACUACUCUAAUGGGAACCCUCCAAGAGGUGAAGUCUGGAUUCGGGGACCUGCUGUCUGUAACGGUUAUCUUAAUCGUCCAGAUGAUAACGCCUCCUCUUUUACUGAAGAUGGAUGGUUCAAAACUGGUGAUGUUGGGGAGUUGGUUAAGGGUAAUACUCUUCGAUUAAUUGAUCGCAAAAAGAAUAUAGUAAAGUCUUUGAACGGUGAAUACAUCGCAUUAGAAAAGAUUGAAACGCAGUAUCUCACAAGUCCGCUUGUGUCUGCAGUAUGCGCAUAUGCUGAUGUGAAUCAUACCAAGCCAGUCGUCAUUGUAUACCCUGAUGAAAAAGCCCUUCGGGCCUACCUACAGAAGCAAAAAGGAAGCUCUUUUAAUGGUGAUCCAGAUGCUACUUUUAGUCAAUUGUGCCAAAAUAAAGAGGUCUAUAACAUAAUAUUGACUAAUCUUAUAUCAAUCGGAAAAGGUCAGAAUUUCGCUUCGAUAGAGCUUCCACAGGCUGUUAUCCUUAGCGACUUUGAAUGGAGCCCUGAGAAUGAUUUCUUAACUGCUUCUCGAAAAGUGAAAAGACAAACCAUUCAACGAUACUAUGAAAAGAAUAUCCAAGAAGCUUACAGUUGAAUUGCAUGCAUAAUUUCUCAUCAUGACCUUAACGUUGAUUUACAAGAUUGCCAACCAGUUGGGCUUUGGAUUAUAUUAAAAUUCCCUGUUUUUCCUUCACUUCAUACUUGUGAUAUUACAUCUCAACCUGGCGAUUGUAUGAAGCCUUAAUGGCUAUAUUCUUAUCUUGUAACGAAUUUUAUAACAGGUUUUUAAUGACAACUAAUACAGUACUCUUAAGAUGUCUUAAUAUAGGUAAAUAAAAAUGCUACGGGUAUUAAUAAGUCAUAGGAAUGGGGAUGAUAAGCAGAACAGUCAGAUUCCAGAAAAUGUUUGGAUAACCAAAGCCUUAAAGUAUUUUGGACACUGGUGGGUUGUAUAAUUUACCUAGAAAAGAAAGUGCGGUCAUUAUGAAAUAGGUAUAAAUACAGUAUACUAUAUAUAUAAAGGAACGGCAAUUUUCCUUUCAAGUAGAUAAGUCGGUGAAGUCGGUUUUAAUAAAAAAUGCCUCUAAGAAAAUAAUGCUAUUUCGUAAGUGAAAGUACAUGCUUACAAGCCUUUUCUAUAUAUAAAUCUAGAGCGCCAAACUUUUGGAAUUAAUAAAAAGGAUGAGAGUGUACCCAAGAUCAUUCCUGUAACAUGGGCAUCGAAAGCUAUGCCCGUCGUUUCGUCAUAAUUUUGAGUUAGAAGAAGGGAUUCAACCAGAAAAUCCAAAGGUAGGAUAGUUGAUGCUUGUGCAGGAAUAAUAAAAAACAACAGAAAUUGAGUCAACGGAUAAGUACAAGCGAACAGUGCCAUAAUACCAUAAACAGAACCUGAAGCUCCGAGUACUCCUUUUCUCCAACUUGAAGACAAUGUAUGUAUGUUUUUUUCAGCCUCAAAUGAUGACAGCGAGAACUUAUUUUUAAUAUAUGCUAGCCAGCUUUGCGUUUCGGAGAAGCUUUCCUUAUUAAAAAGAACAUCCCAAACAUGCAAAGAGCCUUUUGAUGAAGCUACUUCAUCUUUCCUCAAUAAUCUUUCCAAAACAACAAAAUUUCCCAUAAUGCCAGACAAAAAGUACACCGAAAACGAUCGUAAAAUACCAAAUCUGUGAACAAUUAAAGGCAUAAAGGAAUAGAUGGCGAAGCAAUUGACAAGAAGAUGAGUUAAGUUCUGGUGCGAAAAAAGACUAGUUAUUAACGUCCACCACCUUCCAUCGUACAGGUUCUGCAAAGAACAUUGUGUAUUUCUUAACAUCCAAUCGAGUCUUUUGAAGUCGUGCAAGGUCCUUGCGUCAUCUUUUGCGAGAUCCCAUAACCAAAAGACAAGACCAUUUGUUAUGCACACCAGAAUCGCUAUAGUUUUCGCAACCUCUGAACCUGACCGAUGCUCACUAAGAGAGGGGAACAAGAAAUUUGUUUUGCGGUUCGGUAGUCCUUUUAUGUGAGAUGAUGAAGAAAAGUACCGACGUGCUGGCAACUUGCUAAUAGAUGAUGAUAAAUCGGUAAUGAAAAAGCUUGGCCUUUCCCCGAUAUCAACUGGCUGAUGCCAUUUCUGUUUAGAGGGACAUGCUACAUUUCUCGUAGUUAGGGGCUUACAUAAAAGAGAAUACGGACGACCAAAAGCAGAAAAGCUCUGGAAAUUUUGAUUACUGAAAAUGACUUUCAUGGGAAAUACCGAACAGGAGGAAAAUAUACUUUUUCUGGGGCAUUUUCGAAUGGUACUGGCUUUUAAAGAAAGAUUCAUAGCGACAGUGUUUAGAAUAAAAGAAUCG